ACUUUGUAUUCCUUAUGUCUCGAUUACAUAAAAAAUCAUACUGAAGAGAUUGUAUCAAUUGAAGGAGUUCCUUUUCACCCUACCAUCGAAGUUAUUCUAAAUCAUGUAUUUACCUCAACAGAUUCCCCUUUGAACUCGUCCUUUCUGUCUGCUGUCGCCAAAUCAUAUGAUGAUGAACUAAGGAGUGCCAAUCUUCCGUGGACAAAAGUAGUGUUAUCUAAAGGAGCUUCGCGCUCUGCUAUACCGUCUUUUAUUGCACUUUCAACUGAAUUUCCUAAAUUUAUCACUCAUCUCGACAUCAGUAGAUGUAACAUUGACGACGACGAUCUUUUACUUCUCAAAGGCUUCAGUAAUCUGAAGGUUCUCCAUAUGUGUCAUAAUCCAGAUAUAUCAGAUAUUGGCAUUUCUUAUUUAACGAAUAUGGCAGUUUCAUCUUUUAUUGGAAUGCCCUAUCUGGAAGGCUUGAACUUGAGUGGCUUAUCUCGGGUCACCGACAAAAGUCUCAAAUGCUUUCGAAAAUUAAGUAGUAUCAUUUACUUGAACAUAUCCAACACCAGUGUGAUUGAUAUUGUGGCUCAGAAGUUUCUGACAAGUUUGGGUUUUCAUCAA